CGUGCUGGCCGAAUUGUCACGAAACUUCCCAAUUAAAUUUUGCGCGAAAUUUGAUUCAUUCAUCAAAUUCAUAAUAUAUAUCAGAUCUAGGACCAAUCUAUCAAGCGAAUGAAGGUUGCACCACUAUGAAUAAUGCUGAGAAGAAGGAGUUCAAGAGAUUACAGAAAUGCAAGUUAAAAGCACAGACAGGAGGAAACCUAAAGGAAGAAGCAGAACUGAGCAAUCUGAUUGGUGAACUGCUUGCAAGAUCUGGAGAUUAUCAUGAGGCCAUCAAAGAGCAUCGUAAUGAGCUUCAGCUUUCAGAAUCUCUUCAUGAUGUCAUUGGAGCAGCGGUGGCUAACAGAAAAAUUGGAGAAUGCUUCAAUGAGCUCUGUGAGUAUGAAAAGGCUCUCAAACAUCAACGCAAACAUCUACAGCUGGCUGAAUUGGAUAAUAAUAUUCUUGAACAACAGAGGGCGCUUGCUACAGUAGGAAGGACUUAUCUUUGUUGGGCAGACAAUCCUGAAACAGAAGCUGCUAAAAAGACAGAGGUCUUACAAGAAGCUCAGAAAGCUUUCUUGAGGAGUCUAUCUCUCUGUGACGAUGUCACGCUGCGAUCUAAAACCACUGAGCGAGAGCUGAUGGAAAUGAAAGCUCGUCUUCUUCUCAACCUUGGACUAGUCCAUGAAAGUCUAGGGAGUGGAAAGAAUGCAGCACACUUUAUACAGAAAGCCAUAUUCAUUGCAGAAAAGCACAAACUACUAGAGGACCUCUUCAGAUGCCAUCUAUCAUUAGGUGAUGUCUUCCAACGGUCAGGGGUCUACACUAAGGCUGGUCGUUCAAUGGAAAAUGCUUUAAUGGUUGCCAAGAAGAUGAAAAGCAAGGAGCUGGAGAGCCAGUGCUUAUGUGCAUCUGCAAAUGUAUUUUUUCAGCUCGGUGACUUCACUGCCGCUAAGCGUAGCCUGAAGAAAGCGUACAAGCUAGGUGGUCAACAAUCAGACGAGAGGGAGAAUAUUAUUAGAAUACUACAAAUUGCUAUUCGAUGUGUGAAUUUACAAGUCAAGCUGGAAGGCCUUUCACCCAAUGAUCAAGAGUCUCAAUUUCCAAUCUUAGAAGCUCUUGGUGAUCUGUGCUGUAAGGUGGAUAGCUUUAAAAGAGCUAUUGAAUUCUAUAAGAAACAGCUACAUUGUGCAAAAGAACUGGGAAAGCCAUUUAAGGAACAAGCCUCAAUCUAUGUGUCGCUGGCUGCUACUUAUGCAGAUAUUAGCCAAUUUAGAGAAGCAAUUGAGAUGUACAAUGAAGAGCUGAAACUGAGAAGGGGAAAUCUGAAAGAGGAAACCAAGACAUGGUUGAAUGUAGCUGAUAUGCAAGAGAAGGCAGGUGAAAGCCUGGAGGUCAUACAAGAAUCCUAUAGUAAAGCUUUGGAGCUGGCUAAAAGGGCUGAUCAUCCUCAGUUACAGAUUCAAGCAUUGAGGUCUCAGCUGGGUGUUUUACAGAAACACAACAUUGAGCAUCUUCUGAGACCGACCCAGAAGAUGCUAAAAAACCUAAGGGAAGAACACAACAUCGCUUCUGAUGAUGAUCAGGAGGUCAGUGAUGAUGAUAAUCAGGGAGAUAGUCAAAAGGAAGACUCUGAGCAACUUGGUCAAUCCUUGGAUAUUGUCCUUGAUGAUCUGUCGGAUUCAGAUUCUGGUUCUGACGAGGAAUAUGAUCGUCCUUCUGCCUCAGAGCGGGUCAGGAGAAACAAGUUUUCAAAGUUGAAUGAAAAGGGUGAGUCGUUGCUACAUAGGGCAUGUAUUGCAGGAAACCUGAAACAAGUCAAGAAGCUAAUUGAACAGGGACAUCCUCUGAAUCCCAGAGAUUACUGUGGCUGGACCCCAUUGCAUGAAGCUUGUAACUAUGGUUACUCGGACAUCGUUGACAUUCUCUUGACCAGUGGUGCUGAUAUCAAUGAUCGGGGCGGAGACAGGUGUGAAGGUGUGACUCCACUUCAUGAUGCAGUGAAUUGUGGGAACUGGCCAGUCGCUAGGUUACUCAUAGAGAGAGGGGCUAAUACUGAUGCUAGAGAUGAUUCUGGCAAGACACCUCUAAAUGCUUUAAAGAUAUGGCUAGAGGCCUACACCAAUGAGAUUGAUACGGAUACAAGAGAAGAAUGCUUUCUGGUUGCGAGAAUGCUCAGAGAGGGCAUCAAAACAGGUAACCUUUCAAACAAUAAUGUUCAAACAUCAAGGAAAGCAUCAGCAGAGUCACUUUUGUUGAAUAGUGACGUCUUUGACAGGGAAGAAGGAUCAAGCCAGGCAUCUCAACAAAAGGUGUUUGAAACAUCUCGGAAAGUCUCUCCGUCUCAGAGGCAUGGACGUGACAGUCAGUACAUGCUAGGAAAGAAACGGAAGCAUGUGCUACAUAGGGAAAGAGAGGAAGGGAAGAGGCUUGAAGGUCGAUCUGUAGGUGUGGCUUCGAGGAGAAAUGCAGCAAUGUCUCUGGGUAGUGAUAGUGAAGAUGGAAGUGAUACAACUGAUGAUGUAGAGUUGAUGAGUGAAGGUGAGGAUGAGGAUAUGACGGACAGGAAAGGUCAUAAAGACAAAUCAGUUAGGCAGAGGAGAUAUGAUGAUGAAGAUUCCUUGCCAGAGAUAGAUCUAGGUGCUAACAUGGGCAGUGUAGGCAGAGUUUCACCAUUAACCAAGGAGAAUAAUGAUGAACAUGGUAGUUCUGGGAAAGUAUCAGUGAAAGACACACGUUUUAGGACAAAUACAUUCAGUGAUGUCGAUGAAAGUGAUGAAGAUGAUAUACCAGCUUCUUAUUUACAUAUUGACCGCUCGGUUAACAUAGAUAGUGCUUCGACUGCUAGAAAGACAUACAAGGAUGUAAUUCAAGGGGUUGGAAGUGCAGCUACAAGAAUGACUGAAACACCAUUUGAGGUCAGUAAGGGGAGGAGAAGUGAUAUCAAUAGUGCUUUAGUUCCCGAAGAGAGUUAUACUGGUGGUGAUGAUUGGUUAGUAGAAGAUGUGCCACCUCAGUCUCGCAAACGCCAACGGGUAGAUAUCGAGGGAACCUUCAGGAACAUGUCCUCAGACCGAAGUGAAAGACUGAGCCUGGAUUUAUCAGUGCCAACCAGUGAGCAGAGACCUUCCAGUUCACAGGCUUCUUCCAAGUCCUCUAGAUCACUGAGCAGGAAGUCUAAACCUAAACAAGCUAAAUUAACAAAUCUAGGGGUAUCUGUAGAGAGAACUGCGUCAGCAAGAAGUCUAUCAGAUAGCUCUUUGCUUCAGACUGCUUUUGACUCAACUGAUGAUAAUGAUUUUGUAAUAGAGGAUAUUCCAACACAAACACAGAGCAGUAGAACUGUGACACCUACUGGGAGUUACCAGCCAUCAAGUACGUCCCCUAAUUUGGCAAAUGAACAGCGCCCUCUUUUACCUGGGCCCUCAUCAAUGAUGCGUGUACAGGUCAAGAUCCAAGACAAACUUCUCCUUAUUCCUGUAAAUUUGAGGGAUCGUCCAAGUAUGCAAUGGUUAUCAGAGCAAUCAUCUUCCCGCUACUACUCUCAGUGUGGAUUGAGACCAAAGCUAUCUCUUUGCACUCCAGAGGGAGCACUAUUUUCUCCUGAAGACUCAGUUGUAGAUUUACUCAACAACAAUGAAAUGGUUGUAGGAAGGGUAGAUUCAUGGGAUCUUCCUCCACUGACUGAGCGCUACAGAAAGUCCUGUGAGAGGACAAAAACUGAAGAGAACACUACUCUUGUGCAAAGACUUCAGUCCUACCAAAGCCAGCAGUCUCAACACAAUGCGACCCUUGAUCUGUCCAACCUCUACAUCCAUCCUACACCCCUACUACCUCUCAUGUCCGCCCUCCAAUGCCAGUACUCCCUCCGUGUUCUUCUUCUCCCUGGGAAUCGCCUUGAUGAUGACUGCUCAUCUCAGCUGGCCGCAGCUCUCAAGACUCUUCCUAAUUUGACCCGAGUUGACCUCUCCUGCUGUGGACUGACCUAUGAAGGGUUAAGAUCCAUUGCAGAUGUCUUGGAUGGGCCAAGGGGCCCUGCAGGGGAUGGUUUUGGGGUUAUGAUGGAAGGAAGUAAACCUCUUCAGCUAUUAGAAGAGCUGGACUUGAGCUACAACUACCUCACAGACUCCAGUGCCUUAUCCUUAGCAAUGAUAGUUAAACACUGUCCUCUGUUGACAACCAUGUCCUUGAGGUCUUGUGAUCUGACAGCAAAGUUCUUUCAACUCCAUCGCCAUAAACUUGUGGAGGCUUUCCAAGGAGCAUUGUCUUUGCACACCCUACUCAUCUCACAUAACAUGUUGGGUUCCACUGGGGUUGAGCUACUGCUAGGAUGUCUCUCAACCAAGGUUCUUCAGCAUCUAGAUCUUUCCAAUGUCAUCUCAUCUCGGAGUGAUGGAAUACACAUCGCUAGACAUCUUGUCAAAUACUUCUCAGAGGAGCCAGUGCUUGACAACCUUCAUCUAUCAGGUUGCUAUCUUUCAGAUGUAGAUGUUGAUUGCUUAAAACAACUCCAGCCCAGCACUAAGCACUGGAAGAAUUUAAACCUAUCAGCCAACCCUCGACUUUCAUCCAUCGCUGUAAGUGAUCUCCUCCUCUCCAUGGUCCAUGACUCCAUCUCUAUCUCUAAGUUUGACCUCUCUGGUUGCCUCAUCCAGUCUCCAUUAGAUACCCUCCUCCUGGAUGCAUUCACUAAGCUUCUACCUGACCCCUCCCAUGUCAAAGGUCAUGAGAUGGAUGACCCCAGAGCAGGGUUAGCAGAGCUGAGGCUGUGUGGGACAGAACUUAAUAAAGUGGAUAAAGAGAUUUUGAUGAACAUAUGGAACGUUGCUCAUGGGUUGCAAGCUGGCCAUCAUAUUGAUGCAAAAAGAUGCAUUUUCUUUUGUACCAAAUCAUGAUGAAUGAAACAAUUUGUGAUGCUUAAUGAAUGAGUAUCACAUGCACUUAUGUUGGAUUGCAAGUAUGGUGUAAAUAUCACACACUGACUUCUAAAAAGAGAAUUGUCUUCCAGGUGUUUUAGAUCAAGCUGACACACUAUUAUUGUCAGUAUUUUAUUUGGCAUAGCAAAGAACACAAAUACAAUGUAACACAUUCUUGAAUCAAAUUGAAAUCAGUAUAAAUGUAUAUCUGAGUGCAUUAGAUUGAAUUUGUCUCAUCCAGAGAGCUGAAUAUGUACAAACGUAUGUAAAUUCUAUCAGCUCUAUUAUUCAAUCCUUGAGUAUCACCUUAUUCAUGGACUGUUUUUUUUUUGUCAUUGGAUAUUGCAUUGAUGGUCAAUUUAAUCUCCUUACAUGUGUUAAGGUUAUUAACCCUAAAUCUCCCGAGGUAUUUUGAUUCUUGUCAUUCCCGGGGGGGGGGGGGGGGGGGCAUUAUGGCCCCCCCUUAAGAUCUCAGCCGCGGAUUGCGCGAUCACAACAAAAAUUUGCAUGAUGGUAGAGAAUGACGUAAUCUACGCAGUUACAUUGGUAAAUUUCACUGAAUUCAUAUAUUUUUAUUUUAUAUGAAUUAAUUAUGCUAAUUUAUUCAUGAAAUCAUACUUUUUGCUCUGAUUCACUAAAUAAAGCACCUAGAAUGCUAUUUUUUGGUGAAAACAUUCUUUAUAGCAUUCCUAACAAUUGUGAAUGAACAAAAUUCUGGUACCAAACCGAUUUCUUAUGUAUUUUAUUGUUUUUUUUUAUUUCUUAUGUAUUUUUUUUUUUACUUUUUGUUUUUUUUGAUGGAAAUCGUUCCAGAUUUAAUUCUGGUCAUAAACAAGGCAAAAUUAAUUAAGUUUAAUUAGUAAAACUAAAAAUAAUUAUACAUUUAUGAAUUUUGGCUAAUACACAAUCUGCAUUGGAUUUGUACAUGAAUUCACGUUUAUGAGCAAUUUUGGGGUCUGACAUGCACUUACAUAAUGUUGCGUAAUGUCGUAAUCGCGUACCCGGGCGUCACAAAUUUGGUCUCAAAAUUUGCGCGAGACUUGAAAGUAAAAAGUCAGUAAGCGUCGAGGUCAAAAAAUUUUGCGCAGCAGAUAUAUCACGAAAAUUGUCAAGGGGGGGGGGGCCAUUAUGGCCCCCCAGGAGAAUUAGGGUUAUUGGUCUAUUACUAUUUUGACGCCUGAGAAGACAUGGCCUUAGCUGUCCACUGGGUGAUUGCGAUGAAACUUGACACACUGGCUUAUUUUAGUUUAUGAUAUAAAAGUGGUCACUUUCUCUAGAUAUUUCAUUAGAUGAUGUUUGAAGGUUUGCAUGGUGGUUAAACAAUCGUGUAGUGGUUUAUGGUACACUAUGUGUAAAGUCCUGGAAGGACUGAGACGAGAAAAAGUGGAUAGAAAUGGGAAUGAAAGGCAAGAAAGUGGAGAUUUGAAAAUUUUCCAAAUCCGUCCUUAAAAGGGCUUUAAACCAAAAGGAGUAGACAGGCUUGGGUAGAAGGAUUGAGUAGGUGAGAGAAGGCUGGCUGUCAGCGAAUUGAGUAGUAGCAGGAACUACAUUCAAAUCUCCACUUUCUCGCUUUUCCAUUGGUUUCUAUCCACUUUUCUUAUCUCAGCCCCUCUAGGACUUUAUGCAUGGUGUACCGUAAACAAUUUCCGCAAUAGAUAUUUUAUGUUGACCUUAUGAUCUUCUUUAUUCAUAGCAUUAUACUUCCACACAUUGAACUGGUUUACUAAGGUGAUUAAUAAUGGGGGUUUCUUUUCUGAAGAUCUUGUGAUGAGGAGUCAAAACUUGAACCUAUUAUUAACAAAUGGACAAUACUUUGAAUCAAUCUUAUUUGCAUACAUAGCCUUCUUUGGCAACCUGAAGGCAUAUCUAGUGUAAUCAAAAUAUCUUUCUUGAAAAAGUAUGCAUACAUGUACAUUUGAAGAUCUUUGUCAUCUGAUACUUUUUCAAUGUAGCUAUAUGAGGUGCAGAUUCACUGAUGUUGCAAUGUAUUCACUUUUCUUUCAGUUAAAGUUGUUGAAUGAUUGUUAAUGUUUUUUAACACAACAAUGACAAUUAUGUUAUAAAGGCACUUAAUACUUAGUAUAUAAGCUCUUACAAUUAAUUAAAGGGCAGGUCCACCUCCCAAAUUUUUUUUUACUUGACUUAACAUAGAAAAAUAAAACAAGCAUGACACUGACAAUUUUGUCAAAAGUCAGAUGUAAAAUGAGAAAGUUACGACAUUUUAAAAGUAUUGCUUAAUUUUACAAAAUGGUUGUAUUUAUAUCCUAUCCGUAUGCAAGUGAUUGAACAGAUGAUGUCACCCACACUUACAAUUUCUUUUUUAUUUAUUUGUAUUUUGUUUUUACCCUCAUAUUGUGAUGCAAAAUUUUUAUUGCUUCAUAAACAUGUUGAAUUACCAUUUUUGUAACCUCUCGUGAUUCAAUGAAGGGCUUCCUUAUUGUCAAAUCUCUUCAACAUUGAAAUAUUGGGUAAUUCAUACAAUUAAAUAAAAAAAAUAAAUGUUAUGUGACAUCAUCAACUCUCUUAUUUCACCAUGUUUAUUGAAAAAUAAGUUUUGACAAAAUUUGUCAGCAUUAUGCUUGUUUGAUUUUUCUAUGUCUCGCAUGCAUAGCAGAGCGAGACCUAUAGGCGCCGCUUUUAUCAACAGCAAUGGCGGCAUUGUCAACAUUGAAUUCUUAACCAAGGUUAAGUUUUUGAAAUACAUGUAUCAUCAUAACUAAGGAAGUAUAUGGAAAUAUCUCAUGAAAAUCAGACAUAAGGGUAAUCAAGUAUAAAAAAAAAGGUUGCUUGAGUUUCAGGUCACAUGACCAAGGUCAAAUAUUUAGGGUCAAUGCACUUAGACCAUAUAGGGAAUCGACAUUGAAAUCUUAACCAAGGUUAAAGGAAAUUGAAACCCAAAUUUUGAUACAAAAUAGUAUCAUUAAUAAAAACAGGACAAUCAAAAUGAAUCCACUUAUAUCCCAAUUCGAUUUCCCAGUAUUGAGUACCUCCUCUUCAAAGUUUGUAUUCUUCGGGUAUGAAGUAUCUGGAUGGAGGUUGUGCUGAAUGUCUUGCACAGGACUUGGGUCCCAUGGUCAAUGAACAAUAGUAUCUCAUUAGCAUAUGAAUGGUGUUUUUGUGAAUAAUUAUUCAUGUCAGUUGUUUUAAAGUCAGCUCUGCUGCUAUAUUGAAUUGCGGAAUGCAGGCGAGACUGCCAGAGGCAUUCCACUUAAUCAAAUCAUGGACCUAUCAAAUCAACUUUGUUCGAGUUGGACUUAUCCUUUAAGUAAAGUGUCAAACAUUAAGAAUCAGAAUUUGAAAUGGGGAUUUCAAUAAUAAUGACUUUCAAUAGAUAUAUAUUGCUAUUUUGAAUAUAUUAACACCUUGAAAUUACAUAUUUGUAAAUACACAAAUUCCAACACACAAAUUACCUCUGAAAUGUAUCAUAAGUAUAAUAAGGUAUAAUUUUGUAUAGAUCACAGAAAUAAUGCAUGUAUUGAAAUCGUACCUUCUUUUCAGGAUAUUAAUUUUAAUGAAGUGGAAUUUGAGGGUAUUUGGCUAAUUUUCAAAGAAAAUAGGACAGAUUAUUUGUAUGAGAAACUUAAGCUGAAUUCAAUGAAUUGAAAGCUGUAAAUAAUACCAUUAGAUGAUUGCUGACUUUUAUCAGACUUUUUUUAGUGGAUGCACUGAGGUAAGCAAAUAGAUGACAGACUGUUGUACUUCCUCUCCAAUGGACUUUUCAUUAGGGAUUAAUACAAUACCAGGGAGUGUUUUCACUUCCUGUCAUUUGUGACAGCCGUACAUCAUACAGUUUUUCUCUAGGGGUUGUUACGAAGUUUCUUUUUCUCACUAGAUUCAUUAGCUAUUUCAGCAUUUUAUUUCAAGAAAAGAAUGUUUGGUCAGAGAAGUCUUACUAGUUUACCAAAGAUAUAUUGUUAUGCAAGCUAGGCUAUUUUGUAAAACAUUGGAUGAUUUAUUCAUAUGAAUUUAGAAUUCAUCAAUGUAGCAUAUACAUGGAAUGGUCAAAGUUCAUGUCAAAAAAUUUUAUAAGUCAUCUAUCUUUCACCAAGGCUUAGAUUGAACUGUUUUGAAUCAAAACAAUGGAAAUUGAAAGGAAAAAUGUCAUAUUGCUAUAUUCAUAAGCAUCAUAAUCCACAGAAAAUUGUCUAUAUAGAAAAUAUCCCUAUCGACGUGACAUAUUUUCAUGGAUUGUAUAAAACGUUCAAUAUCCCUUGAUAAUCACUACAUGAUUCAUUCAUCUUUGUAUUUUGUAAUUAUUAUACCAAUAAUUUCCAGUCCAUGCCCGCUUGGAUUCACCAAAAAUAUAAUUUUAUUACUGUUUUAUACAUUAUAUAAUGUGUAUGUAUUGUUGUGAACUAAAUGUCCAAUAAAAACACAAUUUUAUAAUUGAAA